UCUUGUUCAGUUCGGCAAGCCGAGGCAGGCCCGAUAUCCAGUACUGCAGUAACCUCGUACACAGCAGACGUGUGCUGUUACAACCGCAACCAUUGCAGAUUUUGUAAUUUUACCGAGGUAGGAAUAUCUUCCUGGGUGGGGCAAACCCUUCUACCCCCGGGAUUGUGUUGUCACGAGGGUUAACCUCUCGUUGGAACGUGUUUCUAGGCCUUAUCGCCCGUCAAGCAUUUAAACUACGCAGUUGGGAAUAAACGAGGAUAGUUUGCCGGCAUCUCAUUAUUCCUACAGCAACGUACGAAUUUUCCCCAAAACGACAACCACCAAACCUUUGUGAUCUUGGAUUAAAGUUACAUGGAAAAUUGUUUACAUUUCAAUCUGUCGAGCCGAUUUGGAUAUAUUUUGUCUUAUUUCUGGGCUAAAAUCUGUCGCCGAUCAGCUGAGCGGCCGGGAAUCUAAGGACCGGCUUCGCUCCACUCCAGAGCCCCAAAGCUGGCUCAGGGUAAAUGUCGUCCAACCCCCACCCUCGGAGUUUAGGUGUGUCAGGGUAGAUGGAGGGUCGAGUGGAUUUCCCUCUGGAGAGGGGCCGACUCCUUGCCCCUGCCCUACCCUCCGGCACACUCGGGCCUCUGGGUCCGGCCUACGCGGAUAACUCCACCCUCGGGAGACCCACAGUCUCGGAUAUUACCAGGACUGGAACCCCAUCGACGUUGUCGGCUUUAGGGCACUACGCCAACCGUUACAUGCCUCCCUCCAUGUCCGUUCACUCGCAAGGAGCAAGUUUUGCGUUGAUGGGCGGUUACCUGAGCGGUACGGGCCACGCCCCCGAAGGCCUCAAGUCAUUGAUGCCUGAAAUGCCACAGUUUUGGGGACCCACCCACACUGACGGUUAUCAUCGUUACGUGAUCAACAACAAUAUGUAUCCCCCCUACCCCUUCCAGAUAGGAGCGGAGUCACUCCCACUUCUUCCCAGCGGCGUGGGGGGUACGUCCGGCCCCGCCCAGCAGUCGUCCUUCACCCACAGAAUAUAUGAACUGCAUAAAGACCCCUACCUAGCUAAUACGGGGGCUGCCGUUUCUCAAGCCGGUGGCUACUUCAGCCUCCCAGGGAACACCGUGUCCCUCCCCAGCCGCCCUUCCUCGCCCCAGCCCCAGCCAGGAAUAGUCACAUUUAAACAGGAGAGUAAGUACGAGCCUAUAGUCACAACAGAGAGGCCCAGUAAACAUGAGAAACGAUCGCACAGCACCAAACACGAAGGAGGCAAGAGCGAGUGCAAACAUGGUAGAGAAAGUGAUAGAAAGGAGAGAGGAGACGGGGAGACCAAGUCGGAAACUAAGGACAGUCAUAAGUCAGAAAAAGGUCGGAGUAAAAAAGGUGAAUCUGUGGACAGCGUGUGGAAGAAGUCGAAGGUGCACGAGGUGCACGAGGUGCACGAGCAUGAGAGGCAGAAGGACGUCGGGGGCGAGGAGAAGAUGUCCGAUAAGACGAGCAGUAAACAUUGUAUCGGCCCCACCCCCAUCUCUGGCAAUGUGAAGACUCAAAGUAUCACCACCCUCCCCACUGUCACUGUCACUGCCAGCGGAACAACAGCUUCGCACUCCACUUCCGCCUGUACCGGAAGUACGCAGAGUGUAUUCACAUGCGUCCAACCUGUCACUGUUGCCACAACUCAAGGUUCCCAAAUGACCUCUAUAAACAGUGUGAAGGCCCAGGGUAAGACGGCCUCCGCCCUACCAUACUAUCACAAUAUGUACUCUCACCCCCAUGGGAACAGCCCCCCUGUCCAGGGGCCGAGGAAAGUGUAUGCUACAACAUUUGUGCCUGAAGUGGGGACUGUUAAUGGUCCCCUUGACAAGUCUUUACCCAAGUUAUGUGAAACUAGGGUUAAGUCAGAAAUAGUUCGGACGUCUUGUUGUCGUGAGAAACAUAGCUCCUUGUCCUGUCCUCCGUCCUCUGACCAACACACAGAUAGAAACUCCGACCCACCCUCCAAACAUUCCAGCAGAGCUUCUAAGUGUCGGACAAGUGGCGACACUAACUCUAGGUCGUGUGACGACAGACAGAAUCCUUCGCCUGUGUCGAGCACAGGCGAGUCAUGUGUUGUGCGAGCAGGAUCCGAUGCAGCUGGUGUCAGUAACUAUGACGACAGAGGUAGUGGUAGGACUACUUCCGGUAAGACCGAGCAUGCGUGUGAACCGGAAGCGCUGGACUACACGACAACACAGACAUCUCGAGUGUGUGCGCGACAUCAGGUUAAGUCAUCACCUUCUAAAUCAGUGUGCCCCACGAACGCUACCACUAGGUCAGAUCAGAAAGUUUCAGCGCAUGUGCAACCGACAGGUCUCGGGAAAUCUCACGAGUUUCCACCAAUUCACGUGAGUUCAUCCAGUCCCGACACCAAGCCAGAUUCAACCACUCCCCAAGACCAGUCUGAAAACCAGACGGGUGCAGCGAAACAGGAGAAAACAAUUAGUAAAGACAGUGCUGAAACGAACGCUGCAUUAAACUUGACAAAGGCCAAAAAAAGUAGCAAAGCGUCUGAUGCAUCUCAAAAGAGCAAAGACAAACCGUUGGAUGUGAGGAAGACGGAGGUUCCUGUGGAGAGGGGGAAGAGAUGUGGGUCUGCGCCACCCCAGACAAUUAUCUCAUCCAGUCAGGAGGAGGUGGAGAUCGACCCCGGGACGGAACAGAGUGACGGCCACACAGAGAGGGUGGAGGAAAAUCUCGAGCAUACAGGUGGGAACAUCCCUGUUGGUAUCGCUGUUGCCCGCCAGAGGGCGGAGCAGCCGAGAGGUCAAGAUCCCCAUGGAGCCAGGACUCAAGCCCCGCCCCCUGAUGCCCCACCCCGGGGGUUGGGGGAGGAAGACUCCUCCGCGAGACAGUAUUCCCAAGACAGGGAGGAGUUUCUUAGGCAGCAGAAAGCCAUUUUGUCUGGUCAAGCCAAGGUGACGGUCAACACUGGACUUCCGCCAAAUUUGGUUGUCACAGGGAGCGUUGCCGGAAACGACACCGGCCUUCAAGAUGACCUGCGUGUACGCCCUCUAGCGAGUCAGUGGGUUGCUGCAGGACACAGCGUCAACCCCAACCCCUGGCUGUCUCAAAACCCCUUCGCCCUCCACCCAGCCAUUACAACAACCUCAACCUCAACUUUGGACCCCAACCCCUUCCCUAUAACCGCACCAAGUGGCUUCAAGAUUGCUCAGGACUCCUUCACAGGAAACCUGUUCCUUAUACCAGCAGAUUAUGUUGAGCAGGGUGGCGGAUUAUGGCCGUUUCCCGCUACCCACGGGUCCCAGCCUCCCCCAACUCACUUCCAGCACCUCCUCCAAACUUCCCCUGUCCCCCACCUAGCCCAGAUGCCAACCCUCGGGAGUCCCCAACUACACGAAGACCAUGAUACGGAAACACCCGAUCACACCCCCGGUAGUCGACAGAGCCCAGACAUCGGGGACCAGCGGGAUGAUAGCGACCGUGGAUCCCAAGGCCAGUGUGGCAGCCGUUCUUCCUCCCCCGGGUCACGGCCGACCUCUGGGUCAGGGAAGGAGAAGACCCCUACACCUCAAAGUCCGCCCGGCACCCCCGGGAGUCCCCAGGACAGAGAGAAGCCCAUGAACCUCCCGAACCAGUACAUUCCUGAUAUGGCCGUGGCGGCCCAGCAGUACACCUAUCCCUACCCCACGGGACAUCUGCCGUAUAUGUUCAACCCUGGUCUCAUACCCGUCCAGGGGAUGCCUGUCAACCUGUCCGAGCCCCUCACAGUCAAGACAGAACCCCCCUCAGUCCAGUCACGCGGUACCUCCCCCAUGGUUCUCACGCCCCCUCCCUCCGACGAAACAACUAAAGUGGAACCAACUUUCAAAGAGGCUGCAGUGUAUGCGGACUUCCCCAAACCUGUGACCAAGUGCUGUGCUUCUGUACAAACAUGUGACUUUGGUCCCCCUGCACCAAGCAGAACACUUAAAGAACAAUGUAGCCAAACCUGCCACGAGCUUGAUUUAUCCAAAACAGAAACAUUACUCAAAGCUGCUGAAAAACUGAGCAAGCUUUCAGACUGUGCUUCACAAAGUGAGCCUGAGAAUCGCGCACCUAGUCCAGUGAUAACACCAAAGACUGACCCAUCCAGUUCUAGUUCCAGUACAACCAAGGCAACAGCAGAUUACAAUCCCUUUACAGACCCCCUAAUACUGAAGGCAGCAGAUGGUUUGGAGUUGCUCAGUGCACUGGCGGAGAGGAGAGCCAAGUGUAGCUCUCCAAGUCAAACACCCAGUGUCCCCGCCUCCACCACCUCCUCCCCCGUCCUCGCGUCCACUUCCUCAUCCACAUCCACAUCCACAUCCGCAUCCACAUCCACUUCCACCACCAGCAUUCUCUCCUCACCCACCAGUGGAAUCACAUCUCCCAGCAACAUUCAUAACAUCCUCCCCUCACCCAGUGACUCCUUCAAAUCCGACAACUUCACGGCAGAAGAGACGUCAUCAGUUGACGCCGACAGGUCCGGAGACGUCACACCUAAGCGUGACGUCAAGAGGGGUAUCAUGUCACCAAAAUGGACCUUCCCUAAGAAAGACACGAACCCGUCAGUACUCACCAUCGGUGGAAUAAAGAUCCCAACAGAUCUUCAAUCUUUUCUUGACACAGGGCUAGACAGCAUGGACGCCAUGGAGGUGGAAAUGCGCAUGCGCUUGGCUGAGUUGCAGCGUCGCUACAAGGAGAAGCAGCGGGAGCUUGCCAAGCUGCAACCCAAGGUCAAGGACGGAAGCAAAGAACGAAGGGAGAGCAGAGACAGCAAAGAGUUUGUACAGGAUGCCGCUAACACCAGUGACGACAAAAACUCAGCUAAAAGGAAACCCGGCCGUCCGAGGAAAAGGAAAUUCUUUACCAAAAAGAAGGACGAGGACUCACCCUCCAAGACCGCAUGCAAGGAGUCACACACGAAGAAGAAACGCCUCCCCGAAGAACUGGUUGAUAGAGUCUUCAGGAAGCUUCCUCCAGUGAAAAGUGACAAACUGAAGUCGAUGAGGACGAAAUCGGGCUUCUUCCUGAAGAGGAGGAGCAGUACCUCCAGUGGACGGUCCACGGCAGACACGAGCAGCUGUUCAAACGAAAGUUUCCUUUGCAAAUCUGACAGCUUUGGCGACAAAAAAUUCUUCCGAUCCAAGGGCGCAAAUAUUGCUAAAGGUAAAUUCAAGCCGUUUGCUAAGAGGAAGGAUGAAGCUAUCAAUAUGGGGGGCGAGAGGGAAUCCUCCCAGUCCACUUCAGAUGCUGGGAAUCUGUUUUCAAACAUUGAAAACUCUCUCGCGGAAAAAAAGCGCCCCAAGACAAUGCUUAAGGGUAUUGAACGCCAACACUCGUCAGAAUCAGCAGAAAUAGAGUCUACGAGUCCAGCCGCGGUAUCUCCGUCCAUGUUGGAAUCAGGUCUCGGCCUCCUUGCCAAGUUCGCCACCUCCGCUCUCACUGCAGCAAAUAUGAAGAAGAAAAAACGGAAAUUAGAGGAAGGUGUGUUUGUCGAAAAAGAAGCUGAUGAUGCUAGGCAGGGUCCAUUAAAUAAGAGAGCAUCUGACACGGAAGCGGGUGACCCCCAGUGCACCAACAAGAAGCGGAAGCCAGGCCGGCCCAAGAAAUGUGCACCCAUUUCCUCAGGGGGAGGAACAGAGACCAUCGUGGCCAAGAAGUCCAAGACUUUGGGGUUGCUGCAGUUGCGAGAAGUAGGUCAGAGUAGCAAGGACAAGAAGCCGACUAGCAAACAGGAGCACCGGCAAAUAAACCUGGAUGGUAGCACAACGCUGAAGCCUCUAUACCUGGACGAGGAGUGGUGCCUCAGACGGAGUGAGCGGAUCUUCCUCAGUGAACCCAGCCCCCAACCCUCGCCCAACAACCAGCAGCCGGGGGCCAAGCAGGACAAGACCUUCUUCACUCCCCGGCCCAGCAAAACACAGAAUGACAGGGACAGGGCCAAAGUACAGAAGGCCAAGAGCCUCCAGGAACUGUCUCAGAAGGUCAAACGAAAGUACACCAAGAACAUGAACAAGAAGACCAGUUUUUCAGAAGACCGAUUUAACCGAGGCAGCAUGAAAGCGAGGCCAAAGGAGACCCGUGAUUUAGUGGAAUCAGCAUCUGAUCAAGACAGCGGAAGUGACGGAGAUGACAUCCCACUUAGCGCCCUCAGGCGGAGACCUGAUACACCAGAGCCCAGGUCGUGCGUAAUGAGACUUGAUGACUUGAAGGAUGGUCUUAGAGUGCUGGAGUUUCAGGAUGGGCUCUUCUACGAGGGAGCUCUCAAGGCCAUCAACCCUCCUGAUAUCUACGGUGUCGUCGUAGACAACCAGCGGGGAAACAGGCCUCAUAUUUACCCACAGGAAGAAAUUCUGAAAAACGUGAUCGUGGACGUGAAGCCAGGGUCCCCGCGUUUUCUUCCCGAGGGUACCCGCGUGUGCGCCUACUGGAGCCAACAGUUCAGCUGCCUCUACCCAGGAACUGUGGCCAAAACGAGCCCCAACCCCCACGCCGACAAGUACUCUGUCAAUGUGGAGUUUGACGACGGUGACUCUGGCCGGAUUCCCAUCGACCACAUCCGGCUUUUGCCUCAAGAUUUCCCUCUAGUCUCAUACGAUCCCAACCCUUUGCUGAAUCUUAGCAAGAGACGUCGCCGGACAACAUCGGACGAUUCCGAGUUCCGAAAGUCUAGUGAAGGUUACUUCAGCUUAUCGGAGUGCAAGAAGAGGCCGUCCAAACGGGAUAGCUUCUCUGGUCAGUUUGAUGGGGCCUUGGAGGAAGAUUCCGAGGACCCGGAUGUGUUUGAAUCAGACGUCAGAAAGAAAUCUCAGUCACGUGACCACAGCCCUAGAAGCAACCUUCACGAUGUUGGCCAGAAAGCAGCUAAUAUAUUAAAUCGUGACGGACUGGCUCCCGGGAAACCUACCUUCGGGAAAAGCUUUCAAAACAAAGACAGUCUCACCCUGGCAACCCUCAGCCCUAGACGAGAAGAACUCAAGCCGUCGUCCAUAUUGCGUCCCUCUGCAUUUGACAUGAAGAAGCUUGGUCUUCAAUAUGGCGGCGGUUCAGGGCAGGAUGAGGAGGACAGUAGUUCGGAUGAGGAUGUGGAUUCUUCCGAUGAGGAAGAGUGCAUUCUGGCAUCGGGGGCCCAGGAGUCGGACUCUGAUAGUCCAGAUGAGGACACGAAUGUGACGGGGGAAGGGUCAAAGAAAGUUGGAAAGAAAGCAGCAUCAAAGAACAUUGCCCAGAGGAAGAAGCGCAGUGAGAAGGCGACUUCCGUCAGCUCGCAGAGUAAAGGUGGUCUUGCAGCGUUCCUGCCUGCCCGCCAGUUGUGGAAAUGGUCGGGGAAGAGCACAAAGCGUCCGGGCCUGAAGGGAAAGGCGAAGAAGGAGUUCUAUAAGGCCAUACUCAGAGGCAAAGAACACAUCAAUGUGGGAGAUUGUGCGGUGUUCCUGUCAACUGGGCGACCUAACCUCCCCUUCAUCGGCCGCAUCGAAAGUAUGUGGGAAGCCUGGGGAGGUCAGAUGACGGUCAAGGUCAAGUGGUUCUACCACCCGGAAGAGACAAAAGGAGGAAAGAAGCUGGCAGAUCCCCGGGGUGCGCUGUUCGAGUCUCCCCACGAGGAUGAAAAUGAUGUACAGACCAUCUCCCAUAAGUGUGACGUCCAGUCUGUCUUGGAGUUCAAGAGGCGUCGCGCCGACGCACUAAAGAAAGGCCCCUCAUUGGAUGAUGUGACUAACUUGUACUACCUGGCGGGGUAUUAUGAUCCAACCAUAGGCCUUGUAAGAUACGAAGCUGAUGUAUUGUGAUCUCUGAUUGGAUAACAGAGUCCUGUAUUACCUAAGGUGCUAAUGUCCUUCAAAUGAACAUGACUGACAAAUUCGCUUUCGAUCUUGACAGUGACAAUGAUUGAAACAUUGAGAGCAUAAUAGUAUGGUUGCUGAGACAUUAUUGUGGAACAAUAUGUCAUUUGUUGAUUUCAUACUUUUAAAGGAAAUGUCAUAUAAUGAGUGUUAAAUCUCACAGUGGUUGUUACCAUCAAGUGUUUCAACUUGUAAUCGCCGUGUUCUCGAUGGUAGCUUGUUUGUCUUACGGAUAACCUUCAUCUCCAUUGUGACCUUGACCUAUAUCUUCAUCACGACCUUGAAGGUCUUCACAUUGGCAACAUUUGAUUUUUGCUUGUGGCAAUCUGAUUCCUCCAAAUGAAUAUUCCAUGGAGACUUAACGGUGUGCCAUUUCAACCCCGGUGAACAGAAGAAAUCCGAAAAGCAGAGAAAAAGUGCUGUGUCUAUGAUGGCAGCAGUUUCCAUUGGUGCAUAAAUAGUCACGUGACAAUGACGUAAUGAUUCCAAGAUGUGGUAUGUGUAAGUUUAUGACCGUGUUGUGAUCUGGAGACGGCAAAACAGCCUGUAAUUGUGUAGUGCAAUACAUACCGCCAUCACACGCCACCUAGCGGGAGGGCCGUGUUCCAACAAUUGCUCACUGUUCUUAUGUAAUCCCUUUGUACAGACGCCUUAAGUUCAUUGUACAGAGAAUUACUGUACGAGUCUGCUUCUUGUUGGCUUGUAGUUAUACGAGAGCUUAUACAUAUUUUAUUUAGAAGCCAUUAAUAUAAGAACUGUUAAUAUUUAUAUGAUAUCAUGUACUAAUAGAGCAAGCAUGUUUCAUUAAUUAUAAGAGAGGUUAAUCUUUAAAGUAAAAUAAUUAUAGGAAUCUUUUCUUUCGAACCUGUUUUUGUUUUAAUUAGAUCCUCUCUGUGUUUCCUGAUAAUCUUGAACAAAAUGAUUUAUCAGUCCUGUUAUUUUAGUUUAUAAAUAAUAAUUUAUGUUAGUAACGAUGUUUUUUCUGCUUUUGCUAGAAGUGCUACGAACAUGUUUAUUUAGUUUAGUUUGAAUGUCUUUCAAUUCUUAAGUUUAUGUUUUAAUAUAAUUCAAUAUUUUAAUAGAUUGUUAUACUAAAAUCAUGAUAGAUUCAGUAUAAAUGAGGCAGUCUUUCACAACGUGUGGCAAGUAGGUAAGACUUACUUCCCUUUGUUGUCAUGUGAUCACAGCACGUGCAGAACGUGGCCUUGUGUUCGUGUGGUAGUACCGUAAUGAAAGAUGUAACAUAGUACUUAAUGGAUAUGUUUGUUUCCGUGUAUAUUUCACUGUAUCAUCAUAGUGUAACUACACAGUGUCUUUCUAACCUUGUAUUCUACUGGUUGGCUUCGAGUGGGAACUCGUGAGUCCAUUGUACAUAACUCUUUCUACACACCUGUGUUCAGCUGUCAAGUGCAAAUAUGAGGAUGGCACUGAAGCGAGACGGGGGAAGGGGAGGGGGAGACAGUCCACUCUUCUGGAGAGGUACUAUUUGUGAAAGUGCUACGAAGAUUGGAUAUUUACUGUUUGUAAAUUUAUCCUGUUAUGCAAUGUCUCAAUAAAUCUAUUUUCACUGA